CUGACAUGCUAACCUAGCCUCUUUCUCAUCAGUCGGCUAACAGGAAGUCUGCCGCGAGCGCCAUCUUCGUUGGUCUGCUUAAUUCUUUGAUUUGAGAAUUCUCCUCCGAACAAAAUGAGAAGUUUUUUCCGCCCCAACUUCAGAAAUAUUCGUGGUCGUGGUGGGCCACCAAUGAUAAGAGGUGCUGGAAUGAUGCGGCCCAUGGCACCACCAUUCAAACCUGGGCCAAUGUUCCGAGCAUUUGUACCGCAUGUUCCAUUUGAUUUGGCUCAGUGUGAGAGUGCCUUCCCACGAGCUAAACCUGCUACAGACGACAAGUUAUUUACUGAAGCUUUGUUAAAACGUAAUCAAGAUCUGACACCAUCCACAUCAGAACAAUCUGCUGUACUUGCACUAGUCACUAAGAUUCAAACAGUGAUGGACAAUCUUAUUCUAACUGCUUCAUUUGAACCAGCACAAAUUGAAGAAGUACGACAAGUUGGGUCUCACAAGAAAGGUACAAUGAUGGCAGGUCACAAUGUGGCUGAUAUGGUUGUCAUCCUGAAAACUCUACCAACAAAGGAAGCAGUGGCUGCAUUGGGCAAUAAAGUAGCCGAUGAUUUACGCACUGCUGAUCCACAUGAAGUUCUCAGUAUGUUAACCAAUGAAUCUGGUUUUGAAAUAAGUUAUUCAGAUGUUUCCGUAAAAUGUUUGAUUACUACAAUCCCACCAAACUUGAAAAAGCUGGAUCCUGAACUUCAUUUGGAUGGUAAAACCAUGCAGGGUCACUUGGCUGCAAUCAGACAUGCUCGAUGGUUUGAAGAAAAUGCUUCACAUUCAAGUAGUAUCAAAGUGUUGAUACGUUUAGUACGUGACUUAAAAAACCGAUUCCAAGGACUAGAGCCUCUCACACCCUGGAUUAUAGAUCUGCUUGCUCAUUAUGCCAUCAUGAACAACCCAUCACGACAACCACUUCCUAUUAAUGUAGCUUUCAGACGAUGUUUACAACUUCUGGCAGCUGGCUUUUUCUUGCCAGGCUCAGUUGGAAUAACUGAUCCAUGUGAACAAGGUACAGUACGUGUACACACAGUAAUGACACUGGAACAACAGGACCAAGUUUGCUUCACUGCGCAGACUCUGUUACGAGUCCUAAGUCAUGGAGGUUAUCGACAGAUUCUUGGGCUAGAAGGAACUUCAAGUUCGGUUGUUUCAGACAUUGCUGUAGAAAUGAGCGUGUGGGAAGGAGUUGUGGUGACACCAUCAGACAAAGCCUACGAAAAACCAGAGAAGAAAGAAGAGGAUGAGGAUGCAGAGGAGGGUGCUGAAGAAGAAGGCAUGGAAACUUCAGAGGCACAAUAACUCAGACAUUUUGGUGUUAAACUAGUUAGCAGUUGAGAAACUCAUCAGUAUUCCACCAUCAUUUUAUUCAUUUCAAAAUAAACAUUAGUUCAUUUUAUCCAG